AUGGAUGAGAAGCAGCAGCUUAUUGGGUCACUCCCAGUCGUCAAUGACAUCUCCGAACAGCGUGCACAAGCAAAGAAGAGCUCUCGUUGGGGAACCAUUAAACUUCUGCCCUUGAAGCAUCAUGGAAAGCAUGGCAAGCACCACCACCACCACCAAAAGUCGCAAUGUCCUCAGGUAGAGCCUCUUGUACCGAGCCAGCAGAGCGAUCAGUUAGUCAACAUGGAUGCCUAUCUCAAGUCACCUGCUUUCCAGAACUCAUCAAUCCAGCGUCUCUCCGGUGCUGUUCAGAUCGACACCCAAUCGUUUGAUGAUCUGGGCAAGGUCGGCGAAGACAAGAGGUGGGAAGUUUUCUUCCCUUUCCACGAGUACCUGGAAAAGACUUUCCCUUUGGUUUAUGAGCAUCUCAAGGUCGAGAAGGUCAACACCCACGGCCUUGUUUACACCUGGCAGGGUUCGGAUGCUAAGCUGAAGCCCACUUUACUCAUGGCUCACCAAGACACUGUUCCCGUGCCUGACGCAACAUUGUCAUCUUGGACUCAUCCACCUUGGUCCGGUUUCUUCGACGGCAAGGAGAUUUGGGGUCGUGGCUCAUCUGAUUGCAAGAAUCAGCUUAUCGCCAUCCUCGAGUCCGUCGAAUUGCUACUCGAUGCCGGCUUUAAACCUGCCAGAACUGUUCUUCUCUCCUUCGGCUUCGAUGAAGAGAUCAGUGGUGGCCAAGGUGCAGGCACUCUCGCCCCCUUCAUCCUCGAACGCUAUGGCCCCGACUCGCUGGCGACUAUUGUAGAUGAAGGUGCUGGAAUCGACGACGUUUGGGGCGUCACUAUGGCUACUCCUGGCGUUGCAGAGAAGGGCUACACCGAUGUAGUAAUCACCAUCCGCAUGCCUGGUGGUCACUCUUCGAUUCCUCCAGACCACACUGCCAUUGGUGUCAUGAGCGAGCUUAUCACUCUGAUCGAGGCUGACAAGUAUCCUCUCCGUCUCGAUGGCAAGAACCCUUACCUUGGCCAGCUCCACUGCGGAGCUGAACACGCCCCUGAAUUCCCUAAGAAGAUUGGCAAGCUGCUCGAAAAGGCACAGGGUCAGUGCAAGGCAAAGCCUGACCAGCUUGCACACGAGGCCGCCAAGGCAGGUCCUGCCAUUCAGUACUUGAUGCAGACUUCGAUUGCCGUCGAUGUUAUUGGAGGUGGUGUCAAGGUCAACGCUCUUCCUGAAAGAGUCCAGGCUAUUGUCAACCACCGUAUAAAUGUUGGGGAGCACCCAGCCGAUGCCCACGCCAAAAUCACUGGCCUUGCCAAGGAUAUUGCUAAGAAAUAUGGCCUUGCUCUGCACGCUUUCGACAACUCUACUGAGACGCCUUCCUCCAUCUCGCUCUCUGCUUUUGAGCGCGUUCUCGAGCCUGCUCCUGUCACGCCUACUUCAGUAGACAAGGAGACUGCCUACAGCGUUCUCUCUGGUUCAAUCCGUGCUUUGUAUGGCAGCGAAGUCAUUGUAGCUCNNCCGGUAAGAAUCAUGACUGGCAACACUGACACCAAGUACUACUGGGAUCUGUCACGCAACAUUUUCCGUUUCGCUCCUGGUUACGAUGGCGAAUCAAGUGGUCUGGGCAAUAUUCACACUGUUGACGAGAGGGUUUCCAUCAAGAACCAUGUCAACACUGUCAAGUGGUUCUCACUUUUCAUCCGCAACAUGGAUGAGGCCGAGCUC